CCUCACUUCCUGUCGGUGCCCUCUGUCUCGGGAAUGGAAAUUCAGAAGGAAGCUCUGCGCAGGAUCAUCAGCACGUUAGCCAAUAAGAAUAAAGAGCUCCAUAACUUCCUGGAAACAGUUGACAACACUCUGACGGGACUGCAGGAGGAGUCAUGCACGGUGACGUCAGACCUAGAGGCGGAGCUUGAGCAGCUUCACUCCGCCCUCAAUGAGAAGGGGGAGGAGCUCCGUGAUGCUAUCAAAGAGGAGACGUGCAGGAAGGAGGCGGAGCUUCAGAAGCAACUGUCGGAGGGAAAGUCCGCACUUGUGUCAUGUGAGGAGCUGCUCGAGUUCGCACAUGAAACGUUGACCAUCGCCACCGAAGAAGAAUUUCUAAAGGCCGCAAAACAGAUCAAAGAAAGGGUGACGAUGGCUCCGGCCUUUCGGCUGACGACCCGUCCGGCGGCGUCUGGGAACAUGGCGAAAUUCACCGUGGACUUUAGUGCCGAGAGGGAGGGGCUUCAACGACUUCACUUCCUGCCAGUACCCAGACCUCCAGAGAUCGACGAGUCCAGCUGCAUCAUCGGUGACAACAACAUCACUGUCGCCUGGCAACCAGCAGGUGAGGGUGACGGCGUCAGCGGACCAAUCAAAUGCUUCGACCUGGAAUAUCAAAAAACAAACCAGGAAAUCUCGCUGAAAGCAACAGGAGAAGGAUGCUGGGAAAAAAUCUGUGACAUCACAGAGCCUCAGGUCACCAUCUCAGGUCUGAAGUUCGAUUCUCGCUUCAUUGUCAUUCGAGUUCGAGCAAAAAACAAAAUGGCUGCCGGAGAGUUUUCUGACUCUGUCACCUUGGAAACCAGAGCGUUUAACUUUGGCUUUGACUCGUCGACGGCUCACGCUGAACUGAAGGUUCACGGGGACACGGUGACCUGGGAGCCUCAAGGGGUCAAAGUUCACGACCCCCGACUCAGAGUCAGAGAGAGUAAAAGCAGCAUCAGAAGCGCCACGCCAUCACCCAAUAAGACGGCAGGAGGUCGAGCUGCACGUGACAGAUUUGCUGGAGAGUCGUACACGGUUCUGGGCGACCAGGAGAUGACUGAGGGCUGCCACUACUGGGAGCUCCGCCCCCUGGCGGACUGGAAGUCGUUCAGUGUGGGUGUGGCAUAUCAGGCCAGCCUUGGCCGUUUUGACCAAUUAGGGAAGAGUGCUGGUUCCUGGUGUCUUCACGCCAGCCAAUGGCUGCAAACAUCGCUUGCUGCGAAACACAACAACCGAGCAAAGGCUCUUGAUUGGCCGCUGCCUCAGCGAAUUGGAAUCUACUGCAACUACGACAACGGCGAUUUAUCGUUUAUUGACGUUGAUCGACUUCGUCUUCUUCAUUCCUUCAAAACAAAGUUCAGUCAACCCCUCGUCCCUGCCUUCACUGUUUGGUGCGGCGGUAUCACCGUGGCAACAGGUCUGCAGGUCCCGAGCUUCAUGGGAAACUUCCUCUCCACCAAUCGGAGCCUGAGUGACCUGUCUCAGUAAACAACCUCAGUUAUUAGUUUUUAGUCUGUUUUGGUAUUUUUCCUAUUGUCAAUAAUUGAAUUUCUAUUUAUGACUAAACAAAUAUAAUUAUGUGAUAUAAUUUAUCUAUGAAUUGUUAUUAUAAAGCACUAAUAUAAAUAUAAAUACAAUUUAUAUACAUUUUAAAGCUAUUAUAAUGCUUUCAUUUUGAACUUGAAAGACUACUUAUUUUCGUCUAGGUUUUUUUGGUGUGAAGAUAUCCUUAUGUUGAGUAGGGCUUUUAUUUUGACUGAAAUUGUAAUUUAAGAGAUCAUUUUAUUUCCUGUUUUACUCAUAAACAGAAAUGGGAAAGCUUUUACUUUGAAUACUGUAAUCUUAUUUACUUUAUUGUGAAAGUUCUAUGUUUGAUUUGUGGUAAAGGCUUUAUUCUGAAAGACUUGAAAAUGUAAAAAAACAUCCUGUUUGUUCAACUGACUUAUAUCUGUGAAGGUAAAAUCCCUGGAUAAUGUUUCUACUUAUUGAUUAUUGAUCAAGUAUGUUUCUAAACAUGUCAACAUCAACAUUUUGAUAAGCUGUGAAAAAUAAACAUUAAAUAUUUUCUUGUUA